AUGAAUUCACCAUGCAUGAUUGAUGGCAAAUGCUCAAAGCGUUAUCCCAGAGCAUUGACUUCCGACACAAUAACAGGCAAUGAUGGAUACCCGUUGUAUCGACGACGGUCUACUGAAGAUAACGGUCCAUCAGUAAUGAUGAACAUUCGUCAUCAAGAAAUCAUCGUCGAUAAUCGCUGGGUUGUGCCAUAUUCAGAACUUCUGUCAAAAAUAUUUCAGUCUCACAUUAACGUUGAGCAUUGUAAUUCCGUCAAGUCAAUCAAAUACAUUUGCAAGUAUGUGAAUAAAGGAAGUGAUAUGGCUGUCUUUGAAGUACCUGAUGGUGACAAUAGGAACGAUGAAAUUACUCGAUAUCAAAUGGGCCGAUUCGUUAGCAGCAAUGAAGCAAUUUGGCGGAUAUUUUCGUUUCCAUUGCACGAAAGACAUCCUGUUGUUAAUCAUCUAGCGGUGCAUCUUGAAAAUGGUCAACGUGUUUAUUUUACUACUGAAAAUAUACAGCAGAGAGCAGCACAACCACCAGCGACUACUUUAACUGCUUUUUUUCGACUUUGUAAAACCGAUACAUUUGCCAGAAGUUUGCUAUAUACUGAUGUACCUCGGUAUUACACAUGGACUACAUCAUCAAAAGAAUUCCAACGACAUAAACAGGGUACAGCAGUUGAUGGUCACCCAGGUAUAUAUUCAACAGAUGCUUUGGGCAGAAUGUAUACGAUUCAUCCCAACAACGCGGAAUGUUUUUAUUUGCUAUUGCUAUUGGUGAACGUUCAAGGACCGAGAUCGUUCGAAUAUUUGAAAAUAGUUGAUGGUCAUUUAUGUGAGACGUAUCGCGAGGCAUGUCACCUUCUGCAUUUUUUGGAAAACGAUUCACAUUGGGAAUCGACGCUUCAAGAUGCAUGUGUUUCAUCUUUACCACAACAAAUAAGAAUGCUUUUCUCGAAUAUAAUAUCAACAUGCAUGCCAUCGAAUCCACUGGAAUUAUGGAACAAAUAUCAAGAUUACAUGACGGAAGAUAUUUUGAUUCGGAUGCGUCGUACGUCAAAUAAUCCAGAUUUGAUGAUUACCUUGGAAAUGUACAAUGAAGCAUUAAUAAUCAUUGAAGACAUGUGUCUCAAAAUUGCGCAUAAAGCAUUAUCACAGUUAUCUAUGAUUUCACCUGAUCGUCCGAUGCAUGAUUUGAUGGAUCAAGAAUUGCAACGUGAACAACAAUUCAAUUCUGUUUCUGACAACACUGGCGGGUUACUUUUCUUGGACGCACCUGGUGGAACCGGAAAAACAUUCAUUAUUACAUUGAUUCUGGCAGCUAUUCGAUCACAGAAAAAAAUUGCUUUGGCUUUUGCUUCUUCUGGAAUUGCUGCCACUUUAUUGAACGGAGGACGAACAGCACACUCUGCAUUAAAAUUGCCAUUGAACAUGCAAGUGAGUGAAACGCCGACAUGCAAUAAUUCAAGAAAUUCUGCAAUGGGAAAAGUCUUGAAGCAAGCAGCGAUUAUUCUGUGGGAUGAGUGUACAAUGGCCAACAAAAAAUCGCUCGAAUCAUUGGAUCGAACUAUGAAAGAUUUACGCGGAAAUCAACAGCUGUUGGGUGGUGCCUUGAUAUUGUUAUCAGAAGAAUUGGUCGAAUGCGUUUUCCCAAAUAUCAUUCAGAAUCACAGAAGCUAUGAUUGGUUAGCAGAACGUUCAAUAUUGGCACCGAAGAAUAUACACGUCAAUGCAAUGAACUUCCAAAUUCAAGAAAAAAUGCCAGGUGAAGUCAUAACUUAUAAAUCCAUUGACAGCGUUAUGGAUGAAGAUGAAGCUGUGAAUUAUCCAAUUGAAUUUCUGAAUUCAUUGGAACCACCUGGUACACCGCCACAUCUUUUGAAUUUAAAGGUUGGUUCACCAAUCAUAUUACUACGGAAUAUCAAUACUCCAAAAAUGUUUAAUGGUACACGACUGGCAAUAAAGAAGCUAAUGCCAAAUUUGAUUGAAGCAACUAUACUCAAUGGCAAAGCGAACGGCGAAAAUGUGCUUAUACCACGUAUUCCAAUGAUUCCAACAGACAUGCCAUUCAAUUUCAAACGUCUGCAAUUUCCGGUGCGUUUAACAUUUGCCAUGACUAUAAACAAAGCACAAGGACAAACAUUUCAAAUAUGCGGAGUAAAUUUGGAAGAAUCGUGUUUUUCACAUGAGCAAUUAUAUGUUGCGUGUUCGAGAGUCGGUACUGCACAUCGUUUAUUCAUUCAUGCACCGGACAGUAAAACUAAGAACGUUGUUUAUCAAAAUGUUCUAGAAUAG